UAACUGUGAAGCCAACAACAAUGGCAGCGAUUCUCGCAUCCACACCUUCGCAACUUAAUUCUUACUGCCACUUUAUCUCUUCCAAACUCUGCCCUUCUUUUUCCCUAUCUCUCCGGCAAAGUAACCGGAAAACGAUCGGAUACUCUCCGGUUUCUUCUCGCAUUCGUCUCAGAGUGUUCGCCAAUUCGCAGUCGGCCCCUGCUUCCGUUGUGACGUCGGAAGUGGCUUCGGUGCCGUCGGAAAUGAAGGCGUGGGUGUACGGUGAGUAUGGAGGCGUUGAUGUUUUGAAAUUUGAUAGCAGUGUAUCGGUGCCUGAAGUGAAGGAGGAUCAGGUUCUGAUUAAGGUCGUUGCCGCGGCGCUUAACCCAGUCGAUGGUAAACGGAUGCUCGGGAAGUUCAAGGCCACUGAUUCUCCUCUUCCGACAGUUCCAGGAUAUGAUGUAGCAGGUGUGGUGGUGAAGGUGGGAAGUCAGGUGAAGGAGCUUAAAGAAGGGGACGAAGUAUAUGGCAACAUCAACGAGAAGGCUCUCGAUGGCCCCAAACAGUUCGGUUCUCUUGCAGAGUACACGGCCGUAGAAGAGAAAUUAUUAGCCGUAAAACCCAAGAAUAUUGAUUUUGUUCAAGCCGCUGGAUUGCCUCUUGCCAUUGAAACAGCCUAUGAAGGCCUCGAAAAAACCAACUUCUCUACUGGUAAAUCAAUCCUCGUUCUCAACGGUGCUGGUGGAGUUGGUAGCCUAGUCAUUCAGUUAGCAAAAAAUGUAUUUGGAGCUUCAAAAGUUGCAGCCACUGCUAGCACUGGGAAGUUAGAGUUUUUGAAAAGUUUGGGUGUCGAUUUAGCCAUUGACUACACUAAGGAGAACAUCGAAGAUUUACCCGAAAAGUUUGAUGUAGUCUACGAUGCAAUUGGGCAGUGUGAUAAGGCAGUGAAGGUAGUGAAAGAAGGUGGCAGUGUCGUAGCGCUGACCGGUGCGGUGACACCACCUGGUUUCAGAUUUGUGGUUACUUCAGAUGGAGCUGUUCUAAAGAAACUGAACCCCUAUCUAGAAAGCGGGAAGGUCAAGCCGAUUGUCGACCCGAAAGGACCGUUUUCAUUCUCUCAAGUCGUAGAGGCCUUCGCGUAUGUUGAAAGCAGCCGAGCCACUGGAAAAGUUGUCAUACAUCCAAUCCCAUGAAGGCAUUAAUCUGUGGAAUAUAAUCUGUGAGAAACCUUUCCCAAUCU